AUAAUUUCUCGUGUUUGCAAAAACUAUUAUUCCCAAACUAUCACUUUCAGUUUUACUCUUUAACUCGUUUUCACUUAAUCGGGUGUUCCUUCAUUUUCUAGCGUUUCAGUAAAGCUAGCGGCCUGUCACCUCAUUUCUUUAAUCGUUUCUUCAUCUUUUAACCAUGGCUGACUGGGGCCCUGUUAUUAUCGGUGUGGUGCUCUUUGUUUUGCUGCAACCGGGGCUUUUGUUUCAGUUACCGGGACACAGCCGCCCGUUGGAGUUUGGCAGCAUGAAGACCAAUGGCAAAGCUAUUGCUGUUCACACUCUUAUCUUCUUUGCGCUCUAUGCCAUCCUCAUCUUGGCCGUUCACGUUCAUAUCUACACCGGAUGAACCGGCUACCGGGUUUCUGGGUAUGAGUCUUGGUUCCUUUUCGUUUGUAGUUGUGUUAGCUUCUAUAUAACAGAUCUGAAUGUGGGAUGUCGAUUUUGGGUUUUGUUUGUAUUAUUUCAAUUGGGUUAGACCAAAGCCUGGUGUAUGAGCUUAAGAAAGAAUAUUGAAGUAAAAAAUGACAGAUUUGGAGAUUAA